GAGAGGGAUAGGCAUCACCUCCUUCCACGCUGAUCCUCAACACUGGUACUUCCUGUUCACUCACGACGGCGUGGCCACGAACGACUCCAACACCAUCAAGUUUGCUGACGACAUGACGGUUUUAGGCCUGAUCAGCGACAACGGGAACAGCUCGUCGGAAGAAGAAGGUGGUUCACAGAACGGCAACAGCCGACGACAAAAAACUCCAGAGUUCCUUGAAGAAACUGGCAGUGAACAACAUCUCUGGUAUUGAGGAGUGAUGUUCAAUUUCAGAACUAGAGGAGACCCCUGCUAUUGAUAACUGGUGUCCAACCCUCGUCUAAAUGAUCCCCCCCCCCAGGUGAACAUGAUAAAGGACGAUGGCACAGUGAUCCACUUCAACAACCCCAAGGUGCAGGCCUCUCUGUCUGCCAACACGUUUGCCAUCACAGGCCACGCAGAGAACAAACAGCUGACAGAGAUGCUGCCGGGCAUCCUCAGCCAGCUGGGGGCAGACAGCUUCACCAGCCUUCGCAAACUGGCAGAGCAGUUCCCACGCCAAGUACUUGACGACAAAUCGAUGUCAAUCAGCAAACCAGGAGAUAUUGAGGAGGAGGACGACGUUCCAGAUCUCGUAGAAAACUUUGAUGAGGCGUCAAAGAAUGAAGCCGACUAACCAAUCCAACUCCAGCCUCCUUCUACCCUCCACCUAGUACCAACUACCCAGUACUCCACCUACUACCCAGUACCAACUACCCAGUACUCCACCUACUA